CUGGGAGAACCUAAAGCCACACGAUGGAGGCAGUGACCUUUGAGGAUGUGGCUGUGAACUUCACCACAGAAGAGUGGGUUCUGUUGAAUCCAUCCCAAAAGAAGCUCUACAGAGAUGUGAUGAGGGAAACUUUCAGGAACAUGGCUGCUAUAGGAAGAGCCUGGGAUAACCAGGAAAUUGAAGAAGAGUGCAAAAGUUACUGGAGAAAUCUAAGAAAUGAAGAGGUAGAGAAAUGCUAUCAAAAUAAAGUUUGGAAUCAACAUGAAGAAGUACUCCUUUGGACUCCAGAUGCUGAUGAAGAGAUGAAGCAAGCUGGUUUAAAACCAUCUGAAAGCCUUGCUUGCAGAAAGCCCCUGAUUGGGCAUUUGUCACUAAAUGUGCCUAUUAUAGCUCACACUGGACUGAAGACAUAUGAGUACUUGGGAUCGGAAGAGCUGUGUAAAUAUAAUGAACAUGGAAGGACCUGUGAUUUUCAGUCCUUUCAGAAGCAUGCAAGGACAAAGAACAUGGAGAAACUCUAUGAAUAUGAUCAAUGUGGAAAAUCCUACUCUGAUCUUAGUGAAAGAACUCACCGUAGAGAGACCUUUAUUUAUAAGAAAAAUUUGAAAGACUCCAGCACACCCAGUGAUGUUCAGAUCCAUGAAAGAAAUCACAAUGGGGAGAAACCCUAUGUAUGUAAACAAUGUGGAAAAGCUUUCAGUAGGCGUCAACAUUGUAAACAACAUGAAAGAAUUCACACAGGGGAGAAGCCCUAUGUAUGUAAGCAGUGUGGGAAAGCUUUUAGUACACAGCGCUACUGUAAAAUACAUGAAAGAAUUCAUACAGGGGAAAAACCCUAUGUAUGUAAGCAAUGUGGGAAAGCUUUUAGUACACAAGAUUAUUGUAAAAUACAUGAAAGAAAUCACACUGAGGAGAAACCCUAUGUAUGUAAGCAGUGUGGGAAAGCUUUUAGUACACAAGAUUAUUGUAAAAUACAUGAAAGAAUUCACACUGGGGAGAAACCCUAUGUAUGCAAGCAGUGUGGGAAAGCUUUUAGUACACAAGGCUGUUGUAAAAUACAUGAAAGAACUCACACAGGGGAAAAACCCUAUGUAUGUAAGCAGUGUGGGAAAGCUUUUAGUACUCAAGAUUAUUGUAAGGUACAUGAAAGAAUUCACACUGGGGAAAAACCCUAUGUAUGUAAGCAGUGUGGGAAAGCUUUUAGUACACAAGGUUGUUGUAAAAUACACGAAAGAAUUCAUACUGGCGAGAAACCCUAUGCCUGUAAGCAGUGUGGGAAAGCUUUUAGUACACAAGAUUAUUGUAAAAUACAUGAAAGAAUUCACACAGGGGAGAAGCCCUAUGUAUGCAAGCAAUGUGGGAAAGCUUUUAGUACACAACGUUAUUGUAAAAUACAUGAAAAUAUUCACACAGGGGAGAAACCCUAUAUAUGUAAGCAAUGUGGAAAAGCCUUUAGUACACAAGAUUACUGUAAAAUACAUGAAAGAAUUCACACAGGGGAGAAACCCUAUGUAUGUAAGCAGUGUGGGAAGGCUUUUAGUACACAAGAUAAUUGUAAACAGCAUGAAAGAAUUCAUACAGGGAAAACCUAUAUAUGUAAGCAAUGUGGAAAAGCCUUUAGUACACAAGAUUACUGUAAAAUACAUGAAAGAAUUCACACAGGGGAGAAACCCUAUGUAUGUAAGCAGUGUGGGAAGGCUUUUAGUACACAAGAUAAUUGUAAACAGCAUGAAAGAAUUCAUACAGGGGAGAAACCCUAUAUAUGUAAGCAAUGUGGGAAAGCUUUUAGUACACGACGUUACUGUAAAAUACAUGAAAAAAUUCACACAGGGGAGAAACCCUAUGUAUGUAGACAAUGUGGAAAAGCUUUUAGUACACAACGCUAUUGUAAAAUACAUGAAAGAACUCACACUCAGCAUUAAUUCUAUGCCUGUAAGAAAUGCAGGAAACCUUUCAGCAUUUGUGGUGUUUGCCAAAGACACUCACAAUGGGGAGAAACCAUAUGUAUAUAAGCAAUGUGAGACUGCUUUCAGUACACGUGUAUUGUCAGAUACAUGAUAGAAACCUCACUGGGAAGAAACUAUUAUGUAAGCCCAUUUUGAAAACAAAAUUUCUUCUGUAAGUAGAGUCACAUAGUUACUCCUAUAGGGGUAAUACAAAAAGUUUAAGGUCAAUUAUUUCUCCAUAAAAUUUCCACAAAUAAAAUCCCAGAUAGAGAUCCUAAAGUACAUACAUUAUGUUUU